AUGACCAAGUCAACAAUUGCCUCAAUCAACUCUAGCACAGUUACAACAUCUUUCAACACUACCACCAGGGCGAGACUCUCAACAUCUACCCGUCAGCUAUCGAAAACGCAACACGGCAGUAGCCAACACGGCAGUGACCCUUCCAAGCCACAGUCACCUGAUGAUCCGCUACCCAGCUUCAGCUUCGAUGGGCUCGGCAUGAGCCGCAAUGUCAAGAUCGUUGUCAUUGUCGUCUUGAGCAUAUUCGGCACCAUGGAGACAGUCUUCUGGGCCAAGGCUAUAUGGCGUUGGUGGAACAAAGAGGAGGAGGAGGAGGAUGAUGAUGAAUCUCAGAGUCAGGUCUAG